UGUGUGUGUGGGGUCCUCGGAGGAGUGGACUGCCCGGGCUUUUUUAACGUCCCCCUGAGUGGACACACAGGGCGCGCUCUCUCGCUCUCCCUGCUUCGCAAGCAAGAAGAAAAAGUGCAAACUGUCCUCAUCCGAUUACAUAAUGAUCCAGUAACAGUGAGCCGGAACCGGUGCUGCCAGUGCCAGUGCGCAGGGAGACACUGACUAGCUGCCGGGGAAUAGUCAGCCAGGUCUGACCGCGUUCAAGUUUGUUUGUUAUUUUGUUUUUUGUUUUUUCUUUUAUUUGCUGAGAAAUUUCCUUUGGUCCUUUUUAAAAAUUUGUUUGCUUUCUUAGAUGCACAGGAUGACUUCGACGUAGCGUCGCGAGAGCAAACAAUGCAACACAUUGGUGAAAAAUGACGUUAAACAUGUGUGAACCAUCAACAAGUGCAACCCGGUCAAGACCCUGAAGUUUUGCAGCAAUUUCUUUUUCUUAUUUUUUUCUAAGUCAUUCAUACAAAUUUUUUUUUGCACGUUUGCUGGACGGUGAAGCUGUCCAAGCUGCACUCAAAGCAAACAUCCGUAACAAGUCGACAGAAAGUGCCAGCCAUGACUUCAGCCACUCCUCCGUCCUCCGAAGGCUCCUCCCCGCAGAAAGUGUGCCAUUCCCAGACGCAGACGGACAUCAGCAAGCCCCUGCUGAGCUCCACGGGGGGAAGUGGGGCUCCUGCCACCGGUGGGGGAGAAACGGGAGGGCCAAACGAGCUUCGCAGGAGACGCCGAGUCCUCUCCAAGGAUGGACGGAGCAACGUCCGCAUCGAACACAUCAGCGGCAGAGGGGCCCUGUACCUCCGUGACCUCUGGACGACGUUCCUGGACAUGCAGUGGCGCUACAAGUUCUUCUUUUUCUCUGCUACUUUUGCUGGGACAUGGUUCCUGUUUGGGGUGCUUUGGUACCUGGUGGCCCUUGUGCAUGGAGACCUGCUCGAGUUCGACCCACCGUCCAAUCACACGCCAUGUGUGAUGGAGGUGAAGACGUUGACAGGAGCCUUCCUCUACUCCCUGGAGUCGCAGACCACGAUUGGCUAUGGCUUCCGGUGCAUAACAGAGGAGUGUCCCGUAGCAAUAGUCCUCCUCAUUGUUCAGCUGGUCAUCACCAUGGUGAUGGAGAUUUUCAUCACUGGGACCUUUCUUGCAAAAGUUGCUCGCCCCAAGAAGAGAGGCGAGACGGUGAAGUUCAGUCAACAUGCUGUCGUGUCGUUUCACGAGGGUCGGCCCUGCCUGAUGAUCCGAGUGGCCAACAUGCGCAAAAGCCUGCUGUUAGGAUGUCAGGUGACGGGGAAGUUGCUUCAAACGUCUCUGACCAAAGAGGGUGAAACGGUGCGGCUGGACCAGCGCAACGUUCCCUUCCAGGUGGACACAUCCAGCGACAGCCCCUUCCUCAUCAUACCCCUGACGUUCUACCACAUCAUCGAUGAGAACAGCCCCCUCAGAGCCUGGGCAGCGAAGGGUGGAGGCUGGGCAGACCCUGAACUGGCUGACUUUGAACUGCUGGUGAUCAUGAGCGCCACGGUCGAACCGACGUCUGCCACCUGCCAGGUCCGGACGUCGUACCUUCCAGACGAGAUCCUCUGGGGGUACGAGUUCCCGCCCGUCGUCUCCCUCUCCCCGUCGGGGAAAUACGUGGCUGAUUUCGCCUUCUUCGACAAAGUGGCCAAAACCAAGACGUCUCCCUUCCGCAAGCAGCCGUCGUCGCCGAACGACAGAGCGGAGACGCGCCACAACGGCGCCAGGGAAGACGAAACGAGCCGGGAGAGGUUCAUACUGGAGGAGAACUACAAGGGGAAAGAAAAGAAGCGGGAGCGGGGCCGCGUCAGAGACAGCAGCCCGCUCAGCGUUCGCAUCAGCAACGUCUGAAGCCGAGCUCAAAACAGGAAGCUGUGGGAGGAAGUGGCAGAGAGAAAAGAGGACGAAGAGGAAUUGUAAGCUGCUAUACGAAAUUGCACCA